GCUGCGUGACGACAACAAGCUGCAACCAGAACCGACGAAAAGAAAUUACUUUACCCGAUCCCCCAACUUCCGACCCGCGAACCACGGGCGGCACAUUUUAGAGCGCCAAGUCGACUCUUUUCUUUUUCCCACAAAGCCUUCGCCAUGCCAGCCACAACCGCAGAGACGCUGUCGCUGGUGACGCGCAACGUCUCGGUUGCCCCGCUGGUGCUACUCUCCGUCGUCGACCAUUACAACCGCACAGAAGCCUACAAGAGCAAGACGAAGCGGGUCGUUGGUGUGCUACUUGGGCAGAAUGAUGGCAAGAAUGUGCGCGUGUCGAACAGCUUCGCAGUCCCAUUCGAGGAGGAUGACAAAGACCCUUCGGUCUGGUUCUUGGACCACAACUACGUCGAGUCGAUGAACGACAUGUUCAAGAAGGUCAAUGCGCGCGAGAAGUUAAUAGGGUGGUAUCAUUCGGGGCCGAAGCUGCGGGCCUCGGAUCUCGAGAUCAACGAGCUCUUCAAGCGAUACACGCCCAACCCACUGCUCGUUAUCAUUGACGUGCAACCGAAGGAGUCUGGCGUUCCGACGGAUGCGUACUUUGCUGUGGAGGAGAUUAAGGAUGACGGAACCACGACAUCCAAGACCUUUGUGCACACGCCGACAAUCAUCGAGGCCGAGGAGGCAGAGGAGAUUGGCGUCGAACACCUGCUUCGCGAUAUCCGAGAUGUAGCUGUGGGCACGCUCUCCACCCGCGUCACCAACCAGCUCCAGUCCUUGCAGGGCCUUCACCUCCGCCUGCGCGACAUUCAAGCGUACCUACAGAAAGUCCUGGACGGGCAGCUCCCGGUUAACCAUGCGAUCCUCGGAAAUCUCCAAGACGUGUUCAAUCUGCUACCGAACCUCUCCACUCCGAAGCCGGGCGCCUCGGCGAACGGUGCCAAGGGCGACACCGAACUUAACUAUGCCAUGAGCGUCAAGACCAACGACCAGCUCAUGGCUAUCUAUCUGAGCAGUCUCAUCCGGGCGAUUACGGCCUUCCAUGAUCUGAUCGAGAACAAGAUCCAGAACCGGCAGCAACAGGAGGAGAAGGAGGCGGCCAAGAAGGAGUCCGAGAACGGAGCCAAGGAAGGCAGCCCGGCGGGGAAUGGCGAGGCCAAGGAAGGCGGCGGUGACAAGGAGAAAGAGGGGUCUAAGCAGAAGAAGAAAUAGCCUAGACAGGCCAGGAGCUGGGGGGGAGGGGAACCUAGGGGCGUGAAUGACUGUACGAAUUUCUUGCAAGUGCCCCAUAUGGCUUGGGCACGUUGGUCCAUCUUAAUGCCACUGGGUUCGGACUGGUGUGUGAUGUGAUGAAGAAUAGAAAAGUGCCUCUUCUAGGGGCCUCGUGAACAGCCGAAAACUGGUCUGUCUGUGGACUGCGAUGCAGCUCUCACCCAG